CUGCGUAUGUGUUGCGGCUCGCUCAUCGCCGAAACUGGUACGCUGGUGAACGACUCACGUGCGGAGGGUUACCAGGGCGACUCGGCAGCACUGACCGGCAGCUAGCAGCAGCGCGCUUCAGCCAGGGUGAGGGCGGACACUUGCACCGCGCCUGCUGGUCCUUCCGAGAACCAUGGCCGCAGAACCGCGAUCGGGGGCGUACGGCGGCGGCUGCAGCGGAGGCGGCGAGCCCGUGGCCUAGUGCGUCGCGCCGGCCGGCGAUGUAACACAGUAUGGGGCGGCAGCGACUGCGCUCCGAGGAAUGCUGGUGCCCCCUUCGUGGCUACUCUUCGGACACCAACCCCACGUAACGUCCGACCAAGAUGCCGUAGCUCUUGCUCUGUUCCAUGGGACAGACUUUAUGUGAAAAUCAAGUGACUCUUAGGUAUUAACGAACGUUACGAACUUCAUUUACGAAAAAGAAACGAACCGAAAGUUUCUUAGAAAAGCUUAGAAAAUACGCUAUAGGAUGACACUACAAUACCACUUAGGAAAUUGAUAAUUUUUUUUUUUUUCAAACGAUCUCUCGCUUUAGAAUUUUCUAGUGUGCACUGCUUUCCCUGUGCCAUUCGCAACCGGCGCAGAGCCGCAGGGCUAAAGUUUAAAUAUAUUAUAAUCCCGCAAUUGCUCGAGUGAAAACUGAAAUUAAGGUGCUUCUGCACGAUUUAUGAGACUCGGGGGUAUGUUCGGCGGAGAUUUCUGAUCGGUGCCGAGUCGGAUUAGUUGUGGCGCUCGCCGCUAGGAGGUCGGCUCGGGCUGGUCAAGAUGGCGGCCGGCGGGUGUACCGGCAGAGGCGACUGGCGAAAUGGUGAGCUGGCAUGGUGGCUGCUCUGAACCGCCUGCAGCAGCAACACCAUGGCCGACCUGCCCGACCUCUCGCACCUCACGCCCGAGGAGCGGCGCAUCAUCGAGUCGGUGAUGAUGCGCCAGAAGCAAGAGGAGGAGCGCGAGAACGAGAUCAUGAGCACUGGUGCGAGAGACCUGGUUCCAAAUAUUGUGACCCAUGAUCCACUUUCCUGGCGCAAGCAGGACGAGGUGCAGGUCCUGGAGGAGACGAUCCGCGCGCGCAGCGAGCAGCAGAAGAAGGCGGGCGUCGAGCUGGACGCCACGUGCCACAUCUGCCUCAAGACCAAGUUCGCCGACGGCGUGGGGCACAUGUGCAACUACUGCAACAUCCGCUGCUGCGCGCGCUGCGGCGGCAAGGUCACGCUGCGCUCCAACAAGGUGAUCUGGGUGUGCAUCCUUUGCCGGAAAAAGCAGGAGCUGCUGAGCAAGACUGGCCAGUGGAUCAACAAGGGCAUGGCGGCCGGCGACCACGCCAUCAUCCGCCGCAUCGAGGCGGACCUGCACUUGGGCAGCCAGGGGCCGGGCACGGGCGGGGAAGGCCUCGGAGUCGGAGUCGGGGGCGGGAUCGCGCCGGAGGCGGGCGCCGUCCCCGGGGGCGGCGACAAGAGGCCCAAGCUGGAGCGCGCGCACAGCGCUGCCGAGAAGGAGAACGUGCCGUCGCUGCUGCAGCGCUCCGGCAGCGUGCUGCACCGCCAGUACUCGCAGCAGGAACGGCUGUCGGGUGCGGCGCCCGCCCCCGCCCCCGCCUCCGCCCCCGGCGCCGCCCCCGGGCCCGGCUCCGUGUCGCCGCACCGCCAGCAGCAGCAGUACCGCGAGGAGGAGAUCCGCUACUACCGCGGCGAGCUCGAGGGCCUGAUGCGGUCGCAGCAGUACCACCAGCCUGCGGCGCCGCCGGUGCCCUCCUACCGCAACGACUCGUUCAGCUCGGAGCAGUCGUCGUCCGUCGACGUGACGAGCGCCGUGCCCGCCAACAACAAGAAGCACAAGCGCAGCGGCUCCGCCAAGAAGAUGAGCCCCGCGGCCGUGGGGCUGGCGCCGCACCACCAGCAGCAGCAGCAGCACUCCUUCUCCAGCUCCGACGACGAGCUCAGGUCGACGCCCGAGUGCACCAGCUGCGAGGAGCACGACAGCGAGAAAGGAUAUUCCGACAACCUUGUGAAGAGAUUGAAAAGACAAGCCAUUUUAGAUGAAAAGAUUAAGAAAUUCCUGGCGCAUCCAAUGUCAUGGCAAGUUAGUGCUGAUGGUACACGGAUGAUUGGUCACAUGAUACUCAAGAAGACUGCACGUGAAGGAAUGGGUCCCAGCUCUUCUGCUGCUAUCCUGGGUCUCAAGGUAGUAGGUGGCAAGCUGCUGGAGAAUGGAGGGCGGGGGGCAGUGAUCGAGAAGGUCAAGAAGGGCAGUAUAGCUGAUGUAGAGGGGCAGUUGAGGCCAGGUGAUGAAGUUAUAGAAUGGAAUGGUCGUUCCUUACAAGGGAAAAGUUUCCAGGAAGUAUAUGACAUCAUCGCAGAGUCAAAACAGGAGCCUCAAGUGGAACUUAUAGUAUCUCGUUCCCUAGGCAGUCGGAGAGCAUCUCAAGCCCCUUGGAGGCAGGCUCACUCCUCACCCACCCCCGUCCAUAAAGAUUUGUAUGAUAGCCGACGAGACAAGCCUAGUGUUCUUGUGACAUCUCCUGGCUCACCUGAGCUACAUAUGCCCUCUCGAUCUUCUCGCCCACCUCGCCUUGGAAUGACUACUGUGAAUCCAAAUGUUGGUGGCAGAUUGCAGGUAAAACUGUGGUUCGACUCUGGGGCACUGCAGUUAGUGGUGACAGUCGUGUGUGCAGCUGGCCUUACACCACGGAGUAAUGGACAACCUAGAAACCCAUAUGCAAAGCUUUUUUUGCUACCUGACAGGAGUGAGAAGUCUAAAAGAAGAACGAAGACUCUUGCCAAUACAAAUGAUCCAAAAUGGAACCAGACAUUUGUAUAUUCUUCAAUACGGAGAGCUGACUUGAAACUUCGAAUCUUAGAAGUGACUGUCUGGGACUAUGUUCGUUAUGGGGCCAAUGAUUUUUUAGGAGAGGUGGUUAUAGAGCUCAGUGUAGCACCCUUAGAUGAAGAACCUGAAUGGUAUUAUCUGAGUGCACAUGAAGAAAUUCUUCCCUCCCAUGGGAAUAGGCGGGAACCAGGAGAUGUGGAGCUGGCACUAACACCAACAGAUCACUUGUCCCCCCCUAGUACAACAUCACGAUUGUCUGAUUCGGACACAUCUGAGUGUGAUUUAGAUGACAUGGGGCGUGAUCGGAGGAUAGCAGAUGGAGCCUCUAUUAGCAGUAUUGGCAGCUCUUCAAGCUCUUUUUGCAGUCCCCCUCCUGAAGUUGAAAUGACAGAGCCAAGAAGAUCUCGAAGAGAUAUGCCCACUCAGGGAAGAAAAAGGGCUGCAAUUAUGAUGAGUCGGGACAAAGUAUCCAGUUACCCAAAUCAGCGGAAAAAUGGGGGUCAGCCAAUGAUGAGUCAACGAUCGCAUUCCGCUGCACCGACUGAUUCACCAAGUUUGCACUCUCGUAGCAGGUCCAAGAGCCCACGUCGAAUUGGUGAUCAUCGUAGCUUAUCUCCUCCAGAAGCAAGAAUGCAUUACCAUGGAUCCGCUGUCCCAUCGCACGCAUAUGUUCCAAGGUUUACCUCUCGAUCUGCCACUGCAACGCCUACUGGAUCACCAAAGAAACGCCAACUUCCACAGAUACCUCAUGCGCUACCAAAAGCACUGAAGGAUCGUGUAGUAAAGGAUAUGGAAGAACGAGCUCAGAUGAUGAAACAGAGAAUGAAGCUGAUGCAGGGCCAACGAAGUUCAGGCAUGGGUGGAUGGGAUCAUCAUUACACUGGACUUAGUGACAGUGAUUUACCACGAAGUACAAUGCCACCAUCCAGAAUGCAUCGGUCACCAGACAAAGAUAUAAUGGGUGACUUUGGUGAUAGCGAUAUUGAGAGUGUUGUGAGUGUGACAAGCAGUGCCUUCUCAACCCAAUCUGAGCGACCGCGUGGCUCCAGGGGUCUCAGUGACUACGGUGGUGGAAGCAGUGGAGGUGUACAACGUGUAAUGGCCCACCACAGUAGUGCUCCAGGUGGCAAUGGGUCAGGAACAAAGCGUGGAACAUUUACUCGGAGUUUAUCCAAUGCUGAGGUUCCACCUGAUGAAAAAACAGCAGAUGGUAGUCUGAGUGACACAGCUGUCGGACAGCUGCAUGGUUUGGAUAAUUCACGCCGAAAACCUGCAUCAACUGGUGACCGGGGCAGCAGUAGUGGAGGAAGCAAAGGCAGCAGUUCUGGGAGCCAGUUUUCAGGACUGAACAAGAAGAGCAGCUCAACAUCUCAGCUUUCAGCAACAGGUCGGAAACGUAGGUUAGGUUUCGGGCGAAAAGGCAAAACUUCAUUUACCGUCCAUAGAAGCGAGGAAGUUUUACCUGAUGAUGUGCGGCACCUGGUCAAACAGGGUUCGAGUGCCUCAAGCGACGGGGAGGGCUCACAAGAUGGAGACAGGUGGUCACCCUCCUUCAGGCUGGCGCAAGAUGGUGGUCAGCUGUCGGAUUUCAUUGAUGGCCUUGGUCCAGGUCAGCUUGUUGGCCGGCAAGUGCUAGGAGCACCAGCACUGGGGGAUAUACAGCUCAGCAUGUGCUAUCAGAAAGGCUACCUGGAGGUAGAAGUUAUACGAGCCCGUGGAUUGCAGGCUAGGCCUGGCUCAAAGGUGUUGCCAGCACCCUAUGUCAAAGUCUACCUUGUUAGUGGAAAGAAGUGUAUCGCUAAAGCAAAAACUGCAACUGCGAGAAGAACAUUGGAUCCCCUUUACCAACAACAGUUAGCCUUCAGAGAACCAUUCCAGGGCUGUAUACUCCAGGUGACUGUGUGGGGUGACUACGGGAGAAUCGAGGGCAAGAAAGUUUUCAUGGGCGUUGCUCAGAUAAUGUUGGAUGACCUGAAUCUGUCCAACAUUGUGAUUGGCUGGUACAAGUUGUUUGGAACCACAUCAUUGUGAGAAUGCAGUGCUGAGGAGAGCAGCAGGCAGGAUUGCAAGAGCAGCAAUCACCUCUCAUUAAACUGAUUUGUGAGUGAUCUGAUUCCAACGAUGUGCUAAAACAAUUUUGAAACUCCACAAGUCCUUUAUAUAUGUAUAUAUGUAUUUAUGUGAGUAUGGGGUAACUGAAAGCAGGUAGAAAGGCAAGGAAAGUUGCAGGUUUUACUUUUACAUAUGUGACUUUAUGAAAUAGACUGUAAAUAACUGACAUACAGCUUGCAUGCUGUCUUCUGUUUUGUUUACCUUUUCGUCAUGUACUUUCUGUACUACCAUUCCAAGAAUGACAUCUCCAAAUAAGCACAGCCUUUUGCUAUCUCUUGUGUUCUCAGACAUGGGAGUGAUGUAAAAUUUUGAUACCACUGUAAAUCUUCAAUUCUUUGAUAACAGAAGACUGUGCCUGCAUGAAAAUUCGUUCACAAAAUUAUCAGGAAACAUUGAGCUUUAAAUAACAUAUUCUGUCUGAAUACAAUAAUAGUCUUGUCAAUAAUACAGUGGUGCUGGCCACAUGCAAACAUGAAUACAUAUAUAUGUAUUGUUAUUCUGUGGUGAAGCAAAGUGAAAUGUAAAUACAGUGAUAAACCUUACAAAUAAUUUGAAAUAGGAUGCACAUAGCGUGCAUGAAUUUUUGAAGAGCUGUAUAAAAUAAUUUCUAUGGAUGUAAUGGAGAUAAACGUGUAUAUAUCAUGUGUUUGCGUUUGUGAGAGAGAAUGUGCGUGUGCUUUGUGCAUAAAGUUCAUAAAAUUAUCCGACAAUGGGAAAUAAGACUUUGUAUAUAGCAAUUUGUGAUGCAUUGAGGGAAACAGUCUUAGACUGAACUAUAUAAAUAACAGAACAUUUAAAAAAUUCUCAAGCCUUCCAGACGUUUCAGUGAAUAAAAACUUAAAAUAUAAAGAAUUUAAUGAAUGACGUUUGGUUGUUUAUAAAAAUGACAAAAAUUAUAAAAAUAUAAAAACUCUCAACACUGCAAAACGAAAAAAGUCAAAAGCUGUGAACAAGCGGAAGAGUGAAUUUGUGGAAUUUGUGUGGGCCAUGUUUUGUCCUUUUUUUAUUCCAGUGAUACCUAGCAAAAAGACAAACAGCUGAAAAUUGUAACUAUUGUAUUUUUUAAAACAUUAUUUUUUAAGAAAAUCUAAUACAACAAUACCAAAAUUAUAAUUUUCUUUUUAUUCAGUAAUUUCUUACUUUGUCUAAAAUUAUAUGAUGUGGAAGUGUGAUUGCUUACUCUCAUCAUACAUAGUUUGUCAGUAGAAGAGCAAACUUCCCAUUGAACCAUAUUCUAUAGCCUUUAAGGAUUAGCAAUACAGUAAAAUGCUUUUAUUUUACUAAUGUAUUGCCUGUACUCCCAUCUGAUUAGGAGCAUAACCUAUAUAUAAAAUCACUACAAAUUACAAAUUUUCUUUCUAUCAUUGUUAAUAUGUUUAAUAUUUAUUUUGUCUCCUGUCUGAAAUUCUUCCAUGAAUGCAUCUGCCAAAUGAAACAAUUUAAAGAGAACGUUUUGUAGUAUAUACUUAUAGCCAUCAAAAUUCAAUGCUCCUCACAAAAUUUAAUAAUAUUGCAAGAAAUCCAUGAGAAGGUUACAAAUAAGUGAGAAGUUUUCCCUUUACAGAGUCCUUACAGAUAAAAGCAAGUAUGUUACGUAUUUAUGAUGGUGAUGGUGGUUAUGACAAUAGUAACAAAUGAUUUUGAAAUAAGUUUAAAUACAAUAUGUACAUAUAUAUAUGAUUAUAUAUAUCUAUAUAUCUAUAUUCAAAUUAUUAUAAGUGAUACCUUCAAGAGAGUAUUACUACAUGUAUACUUAAAAUGACUUGCUUGUUUAAAAGUUUUUGACACAUUUCAUGAAAAUUUGAUAUGGUAUGGAGUGCAAUUUUAUGAUGCACAAAAGAUAAAUUCAAAAUAUACGUAUUAUCACGAUGUGAGCUAAAUGUGUGGUAUACUGUCAGAUGUUUUCCCUAUCCUUAAAGGCAUUCAGAAAAACCCAAAAAAGGGGCCUUCCUAUCCUUAUUAAAUAGAUUUCCUUAACAAGUAUCAUGCUUCAGACAAGUACAAUUCUUGUGAUCUUUGUGACCAUUUGUAUGAAAAAAUAUGAAUAUGUCAGACUGUGUAAAGGACUGUUGAUAAUGUUCAUGGAUUGGCUGAAUCACUAGUGAUAAUAAUAAGUCUUCUAAAACAUGUAAGGAAGUAGUGUCUCUUCACAAGGAGUUAAAAUUCACUUCUUGCGAAAAUUCUGUCUUUCAACAGUUCACCUAGGUGGCAGCUGUAAUUGAUAUUUUGCAUUUGGACCUUUAUAGAGGAAUCACUUCCUCUACAAGAUAUGAUUUGUUUCAUUUCAUUUAAACCACUUAAAUGCUGUUUGUGAUUUACUUGCUGGUAUCCUCAUUUUAUUUCUUUUUCUUUUCUUCUUCCUAUUCUCUUUCUUAAAAAAGAAGAAAAAGGGAGAAGAAAAGUGCUUGUAUAUGUUUUGUAGUUCACUGUACAUUGCUCAAUUGGAAGUAACCUAAAUAAUGUAUUUACUCAUUUGUUGUGUACCUGAGAGUAUAAUGGCUUUAGGAUGAAUGGAACUUUGUAAAAUUUAUCAAGUAAUUGCUAUUAAUGUUACAAUUACAGCUUAAUUCUGAGCUGCAGUCAGAUGAGCAACAAGUUGCCUAAUUAUUAUUAAAAUAUUUGUAAUAAUUUUACUAAAAUACUGCUUCCCCCAUCCCAAUUUUAUCUUUAUUUUUAUUGUUUGGUGGCAUUAUACUGUCCUCAGUCUCAUACAAGUAACAGUUUUGUUACCAGUAUUGCUUAUUACAAGCAAGAAACCCAUUGCCAUCUGUUAAGUUAAAAUAAGAUACAUUGAUAAAACAAUUUCCAUAUGGUCAUCUGAAGGCAGUUCAAAAUCUACAUUGAAUCCUGUGCCUUAAAUAUUUUCCAGGUCAUGGAAAUCAGGAAUUAUAAACUUUGUAUUUUAAAGUUAGCUUCUGGUUCACAUCAAAGGUCAUAAUGAUCAUUUUCAGUAAUGAAUAAUCUCUUGGUUAUGCCAAACCACACAAAUAUUAUUCCAGACAUGGCACUGUAAUAUUUAUUGUUGUACCCUAUCACUGUCACAUUACUGUUGUAUAUUUAGUGUGAAUGAGUUCAGACAUAAAGAAUCACAAACAAAUAGGAAUAUAGUAGAUACUGCCAUGUGAGCAUUUUGAGGUUCUAUAUUCCAUAUUCCUGUCUACUCUUCUUAAAAUAUACAACUGUUCAGACAGCCAAAUUUGAAAAAUUGAAACUAUGAACCUUUUCCAAGCCUUAUGAUGUGAGACAUAACAUGAGAAACAAAUUAUGUAACUUUUCAUUUAUCAAUUCUUCUUUUUUAUGUAUUGUUGCUUAUUAAGGAAUUUUUUUAAAUACUUUCAAAUAUGGACAAAAUUUCAGAUAUGAAGGUACAUUAUGUACCUCCUGCUGAACCUAAACAGUUGAUUUUUAUUUUUUAUUUAUUUUUAUCUGCAGGUGAUAUUAUUUCAAAAUGUUAUGUAGUUCUUUUAUUGACUACUUUUUCUAACACAUACCAUAAAAAUUUUGUCUCGUUUGUUCUAAUUUUGUUAAUCCCAGAAAAACACAUGUCAUAAAAAUAUGUUCAACCAUGUUAUUUUGCAUCCAUCCUUCUGCACAAUAUGACAGUGAUGUACAAAUUUCUGUGGUGUUUAGGACAGGUCGGCCCCUUAAAUUUGCCUGUUAAAUAUCUCCAAAUGAUGUUAAACAAUAGAUAUUUAAAAACUGUAUGCUUUUCUUCGUGGUAUUUUAUGUUAUCUGCCCUUGUUUUGAAUGGAUGUAUGAUAGGUCCAUUAAUUGAGAGGAAACUUGAAUAAUGUUGUGAUAGUGUCCUUAUUGCACAACAUUGUUACAGAUAUGAGUAAAAACCAGCUUCCACUUGUAAUAGGGCAAGUAUAAUAUUUCAUUUUUGUUAACUGGGAAAAUAAAUAAAUAUUCACACAGAGAGCAGUAUGAGGGGCUUAACAAAAAUAAUAACCAGAAUUUAAUUAAAAAGUUGCACUAGACAACAUUCUUGAAUGAGAAAAUGUUUCUAUGCAAUACAGUACCUUGCUUUGCAACACUGGGUAUUGUACGAGGAUAUCAUGAGCUUUGGAGAUAUAGAGUAGAUAAUAUGAGAGCAAGACGUGACAUUAUAAUAAGCUGCAUUAUUAAUAAAUUGUAUGUUGAGUUAACAUAUAUGCAUAUCCAGCUUUCUCGACUGCAUAUGUUAAAUGAGAGCUCAUCUUUUAUGGAAAGAAAAUUGCAAAAAAUGAUAAAUAUUGUCAUCAUCACUGUAGACUGAGUUUACAGUUAAUCAGAAGUACCAUAUUUUUUGUUACUAAUGUGAUACAUCUAUUGUUUACUCAUACCAAUUUCAUUUGGAGAUAAAGUGAUGAGAACAAAUGAUGUUUGUGCACUGGAACAAUAUUGUAACAGGUGAUAUACCUGUGUGUGUGGAAAAAAAGCUCAAAACAUUUUGUUAUUAAAUGCAUUUUAUAUGAA